CUCGGCGACAAACCUCGUACCGGAUCGUUGCCGCACAGAGAAGGCCGAAAAAUCCAGCACAAUGGCCGAGCCCACCCCCGACGUCGCCGCAGACACGGCCGAGCUCCCCGCGACCAAAGAGAAGCUCGACGAGCUCACCCAGGCCGCCUCCCUCCAGUACUCGCUCAAGAACUUCUCCGCUGCCGCCGACCACUAUGCCGACGCCGCCGAGAUCCAGUCCAAGCUCAACGGCGAAAUGGCUCCCGAGAACGCAGAGCUGCUCUUCAACUACGGCCGCGCGCUCUACAAGGUCGCAAUCGCAAAGAGCGAUGUGUUGGGCACCAAGGUCGCACAGGAGGAGAAGAAGAAGCCCAAAUCCAAGAAAGCGAAGAAGGAGGACACGAUACCAGAAGAGGGCAGCACAGCAACCAACGGCGCACCAGCGGCAGCAGGGAAGGAACAGACGGUCCAGUCGAAGCCGUUCUUCCAGCUGACCGGCAUGGAGAACUGGGAUGACUCAGACGAGGAGGAGGAAGAGACCGACGGCGAGGAAGGCCAGGAGGAAGAGCAAGACGAUUUCGGGGAUGCGUUUGAGAUGUUCGAGAUUGCGCGCGUACUGUAUCACAAGCAGCUGGAAGCACUCGACGGCAGCGACAGUGCAGGCAAAGGCAAAGGCAAGGGCAAGGCCGAGCUCUCCCCAGAAGCCCGCGCAAUCAAGACGAAACUCGCAGACAUCUACGGCUUCCUCGUCGAUCUAUCUUUCGAGAACGAGCGCUUCCACGACGCGAUACCAGAUGCACGCAGGUCGCUCGAGCUCCUGGAGGAGCUACAUCCAUUCGGGCACGAGCAGGUCACAUCAGCGCACUACACGCUGUCGCUAGCCCUGGAGUUCGCAUCCAUGGCGAAGAUUCGCGAGCAGCAGGCCAACAAGGAAGCCGCCCCCGAAGACGCCCAGAAGCAGGAAGAAGACGUUGUGGACUGGGACCUGCGCAACGAAGCCAGCAAGCAGACCGAGCUCGCCAUUCAGAACCAGGAGGCACAUCUCAAGAAAGCAGAGGAGUCUCUCACAGCAGAGACGUUCACCCCUGAGCGGAAGAAGGAGCUCGAGGCCGAGCUCGCAGACAAGAAGAGCAUGCUAGAGGACCUCAAGACACGGCUCGCCGACCUCAAAGAAGACCCCACAAAGCAAAAGUUCGACGCCGUCGACCCAACCGUCUUCCAAGGCCUGCUCGGCGGCCUCCUCGGCGCAGACCCUGCAACGCAAAAGGCCGCGCUCGCCGAGGCGACAAAGUCUGCUAACGACAUCUCGGGUCUCGUCAAGACGAAGAAGAAGGAGAAGCCCGCGCCUGCAGGAUCAUCGUCCGCGGCAGAGGCGUCGGGUAAGCGGAAACUGGAGGUCGACGAAGACGCAGCGAAUGGGAAGAGAGCGAAGACGGAGGAGAUGCAGUGAGCGGUGGGCGGGCAUUGAUACCCUUUUCUUUCUUCGUCAGAGAGUGAUCCUCGCGUCCCAGUCAUCUUGAUCAUGUUGCGAUGCUUUGAGAGCUUGAUUAGUUGUUUGGUGGUGAGAUGGGUAGGCAUGACGAGCAUCACGGGCGGCAAAGACAUAGUCUGCUUGGCACGGUGCCGUUGGUUAUCACGUCACGCAGCAAAUGCAAAUGUUAUGAACGCG